AUGCCCGUCGUCCGCAGCAGCAAGGGCUACGGCCGCAAGAAGGCGCCGCCAGAGGGCUACGAAGACAUCGAGGACACGCUGCUCGAGUACGACAAUGCGAUGAAGGACGCGCUGAACGCGAGCCACGAGGGCAAGAAGCGGCAAGAGACGCAGUGGCCCAUCUUCGAGAUCACGCACAAGCGCUCCCGCUACAUCUGGGAAAUGUACUGCGACGAGAAGAUCUCCAAGGCGCUCUACGACUGGCUGAUCAAGAACGGCAAGGCCGACGCAAACCUCAUCGCCAAGUGGAAGAAGCAGGGCUACGAGAACCUCUGCUGCCUGCGCUGCAUCCAGACCAAGGAGACCAACUUCAACAGCACCUGCAUCUGCCGCGUGCCGCGCGACCAGCUGAAGGAGGACCACCCCAUCCAGUGCAUUAGCUGCGGCUGCCAAGGUUGCGCGAGCUGCGACUAG